GAAUCAGCGUCCAAACUUCUCUUCGCCGGAAAAAGCAUUCGCUCGUCGCGGCUAUCUCUGGCGCCGGCGACAAUCAAUUUUCGAGUGAAUCUUUCUUUGCAUAAUGGAUGUCAUGAAUCUUCUAAAAGAUUACCCCUUUGCUACACUACAAGAUGUGGAGCAGCAAGUCCUCACUACUGGCCCAGAUCUGGAUGGGUAUCACAGCUCUUCUUACCUCAGCUCCCAUAUGGAUAGCAGUAUUCAUUAUAUCAGUAAGGCACGAGAAACAGAAAAAGUAAAAGGCAGAGAACACGUUGAAGCUGGGCCUUUACUUCAUGUGCAUUCAGUACAUGUACAACCAAAACAAGCUCUAAGAAACAGAGCACUUCUUGUAUAUGGUACGAUUCGGGUUAAGUAUGAAAAGAGCGGAAAACCGAUGCAGCUUGAUGUUUACAACCGAACUGCUAAUGAUGCCGACGACAUUAGCCCAAGUGGUGGCGAUUUAUCUCUUGGUUGGCCUAAUACUUUUUGUGAUGGGAAUGAUAUGUGGAUGGAAUUGCAAGGAACAACCAUAGAGGUGGAUCUCCAUCUCAAAAUUGGGGAUGAGGUUGUUCCGUUGGCUCAAGAUGAAAUUUUGGUGGAGGAUACAACUGAAGGUGAUUUUGAAGAAGUGAGAUCAAAAGAAUUCCAUGGCACACUUUGCUCGGCUACCUUGAUUUACAUUGCCAUGCCAUUUGCUGCUGUUUGCCAAGUGCAUGUAAGAUUCUCUAGCAAAGAUAAGGACCGGGUUGUUAAUGUUGCUGGAAAAAUUGUCGCGCGAUAUAAGAACACUUAUGGAAACUAUGUUUCAGAAGCAUGCAUUCUUUUUGAUAAGCAGAAUGACUUUGAACCAGUAAAGAUGAAUAAUAACAUGAGUAUGCCGAGAACAUUGAUGGGGUUGCCAGCAUAUUCGUCACUUGAAAUUGAUCUGGAGGGACUUCAACACAAACAGAGAGCUUGUUAGAAAAAGAGUGGAAUUGUUAGACUGGAAUGGUUUAUAUGCAGGUAACUAUGCAGUGGCUGUGGAUGGGUUUGCCAUUAUUGUGGAUGCGGGAAAAUUUUCGUACCGACCUGUUAAGUGGCGUCACUGGAGUGGUUCAGAAGAAGAUGAGGUGCCAUCAUCAUUGUGAAGAAAGUAAACUGUAUUCAUCAGAAUUAACAGAAGUGUACUCAAUCUUCAUCGGUCGUAAAAGAAAGGGGGCAUUGAAAAUUUUGGGCACGGUUGAGUUGUCUUCCGAAUAUCAUACUACUCAGCACUAUGUAUUCAAGAGUACUGGUAAUGAUGGGGUGGAAGUAGAAGAUUCACAGAAAGUUUUACCAGUGAUGGAUGUGUAUAUGAGUUCUGUGUAUAUGACUUCUUACGCGUCUAGCAUGCUGGAUUUGAAGGCCAAUCUAGAAGAUGUUGGUGGGAAAUAUCAAAAUAGAGGUUUUGCUAGUUAUGAUAGUAAUCGCUCACAUUUUUUAAUUUAUUAUGACACCCAAAUGUGUUCUGUUUUUUUGGGCAAAGAUGGGUUUUGUGCAUUGCACUACUCCAUCUUCCCAGAAGCGUGCCAUGCGAAGAUUGAGAUCUUUUUCAAUAUUAAGAGUGAUCAUUUCGGGGUUGGCAAGAUCUAUGGAAGUGCAAUCGCGCAAUACAGCCACUUUGACUACUCAACUAAGUUCAAGAGAGAUUAUUUUCGGAGCGUGCUCUUCAAAAGGGCACAGACGGAUUCGG